CCCUCUCCGAGUCGCCCUUCCCCUCGAGCGUUUUCGCUAUCUAUUUCACCUCAGGUACUAGGCUCAGUAGAAGACUGUAGCCAUGUCAAUGGAGCUAGCCAAGAGGAUUGUUCGACACCUGGAGGUUCCCCGUGAUGCAAACACAAGUUACACUCAACAGCUUAUCUUGAACGAUGAUUUGUUACCCGUACCUCCUGCCAAAAGGACAUGGCGCGGGUACAACUAUGUUGCAUUCUGGAUAGCGGACAUGUACAACAUCAAUACGUGGAUGAUUGUAUCCUCAAUGAUCCAACUGGGUUUAUCUUGGUGGCAAGCUUGGAUUUGCGUGUGGAUUGGAUAUAUUUUCGUAACCCCCUUCCUCGUAUUGAACGCUCGACCGGGUGCCGUUUUUCAUCUGACGUUUCCUGUGGUGAAUCGCACGAGCUUCGGAAUAUUUGGAAGCAUGUGGUGCGUCUUCAAUAGAGGAGUGAUGGCAUGCAUUUGGUAUGGUGUGCAAUCAAGCAUAGGUGGUACUUGUGUCCUGGUUAUGCUACGCGCCAUGUGGCCUAGCGUAAACAAUAUACCGAAUUCGAUGCCCAUCUCGUCCGGAACAAACACAAGAGACUUCAUGUGCUUUUUCCUAUUUUGGCUUAUAUCGCUCCCUGCGAUAUGGUUUCCCCUCCACCAAAUUCGUCAUUUCUUCACAGUGAAGAUGAUUGUAACUCCCAUAGCUGCUAUUGCCUUCUUGGUAUGGUGCAUCGUUAAAGCAAAAGGCGUUGGUCCCAUUAUCAAUCAACCCUCUACAUUGCAUGGGUCCAACCUGGGGUGGGCGAUGAUUGUUAGUCUCAUGUCCUGUAUCAGCAAUUCAGCGACCUUAGUAACAAAUGCCCCUGAUUUUGCUUCUCGUGCAAAAACCCCCAAUGCUGCGCUGUAUUCUCAGAUUUAUGCCCUGCCUCUUUCAAGCACCAUUGUCUGUCUUGUUGGGAUAUUAGUCAGUUCGUCAUCUCAGGCACUGUUUGGGGAAGCCAUUUGGUCCCCUAUCGACCUGCUCGGUAAAUUUUUGGAUAAUAACCCAUCACAUGCAACUAGAUUUGGUGUCUGGUUCAUCUCAGCAUCCUUCAUAAUCGCUCAAGUAAGUACCAACAUUUCGGCCAAUUCAAUCAGUGCAGGUUGUGACUUGACUGCGUUGUUCCCUCGUUUUAUCAACAUCCGUCGAGGUGGAUUCAUCGCAGCUAUUGUCGGCUUAUGCAUGUGCCCUUGGAAUCUCCUGAAGAGCAGUAGCACUUUCACAUCAUAUCUGUCAGCAUAUUCCGUAUUUCUAAGCUCAAUAGCUGGUGUCAUGGUAAUGGAAUACUAUGUUAUCCGAAAAGGUCACUACAAUGUUUCAGAUCUAUAUGAAACCCAGAGAGGCAGCUGGUAUUGGUACACAUAUGGUAUCAAUUUCCGGGCAUACGCUGCCUACAUAUCAGGCAUACUCAUCAACGUAGUCGGUUUCGCGGGUGCAACCGGCCAAAAUGUACCUCUACCCGCAGUUCGCAUCUAUGAGUUAUCAUUCUUCACUGGCUUUGGGACAUCUGCCCUCAUUUAUUAUGUCCUGAACCGCAUAUUCCCGGUCAUCGGUGCAGCUGACAAGUUUGAGGAGAUCGACGUAUCCAAUUACGACGACGACACGAGCUCGACGAGGCAAGAUUCCGCGGCGGAUGACACGAAGGAAGAGAUAUCGUUACCCGACAAGGCAUGAACAAAAAAGACUUGUUGAAGAGUCACGUAUAUCAUGUAUAUUUAAUUGAAGUUUCGUGUUUACAUCUCAAAAUGCGCUAUUUUUUACUAUGUACA